UAUGUGUGUUUCUGCUGGCAGGAGAAACUUCUUAAGUCUCAGUGUAGUCUCACAGCCAAGAUGAAGAAAGCCAUGCAGUUACAGGACAUGGAAGCGAAGAAUACUACAAAGUGGAAGGUGCAGAUAAAGAAUCAGCGAAUGAGAAUCAGUACAGAGUUUUCAAAGCUGCACGACUUCCUGACUGAAGAAGAGCAACUGUUUCUUCAGAGACUGAACAAAGAAGAAGAAGAGACAAAGAAGAAACUGAAUGAGAACAUGUUAAGGCUCAAUGAAACAAUCAUUUCCUUGAGGAAGCUCAUCAUAGAGAUCGGGGAGAAGAGCCAGGGCUCCACCCUGCAGUUGCUCCAGGUGAGACAGGCACAGGAGGGGAUAAUCUCCCUCUUUAUGGAGUUGUUAGUUAACAUCACUGACUGAACUCCUUCUUGUCUUUAGAGCUGAAUGCCGUUUGUGGU